CAUUCCAGGAACUUUGACGCAAUUUGCAAAUGGCCGUGAAAAGGACCCAGCUCGAGGGUGUAUGAAAAGCUAAAUGGUGGAUGAUUUCGUGAUAUAAGCUAGUGAAUAUAUUGUUAAUUCAGUGUGGUGCCGUUAAAACAAUUCACAAUGUGCCAAAGAGUGAGAAUCCAGUCUUAAUGGUGUUAUAGGAAGAGCCUGAAAACCGCUGGAGGGACUUACUACGAGACUUAGCUGGCAGAAGGGUCAGCAGGCGUAGCGUAUCGUAGUCGCUUGGCGGCAUCACAGGCGUUUGCUCCGGUCGUUCAGCUAGGCGGCCACGAUGAAUGAGCUCGACAGCCUGCGGCAGGAGGCGGAGACCCUCAAAAAUGCCAUACGGGAUGCACGGAAGGCGGCGUGCGACACUUCGCUUGCGCAAGCGACGGCCAACCUCGAGCCGAUCGGGCGUAUCCAGAUGCGGACGAGGCGCACCCUGCGGGGUCACCUCGCCAAGAUCUAUGCCAUGCACUGGGGCAGUGACUCCAGGAACCUGGUAUCCGCCAGCCAGGACGGCAAGCUGAUCGUGUGGGACAGCCACACCACGAACAAGGUGCACGCGAUCCCGCUCCGCUCGUCGUGGGUGAUGACGUGCGCGUACGCACCCUCCGGCUCCUACGUGGCGUGCGGCGGCUUGGACAACAUCUGCUCUAUUUACAGUCUGAAGACACGCGAGGGCAACGUGCGCGUGUCCCGCGAGCUCCCCGGCCACUCGGGCUACCUGUCCUGCUGCCGGUUCCUGGACGACAACCAGAUCCUCACCAGCUCCGGGGACAUGACCUGCGCCCUGUGGGACAUCGAGACGGGCCAGCAGUGCGGGCAGUUCACGGGGCACACGGGCGACGUGAUGUCGCUGUCGCUGGCGCCGGACCAGCGCACGUUCGUGUCGGGCGCGUGCGACGCGUCCGCCAAGCUGUGGGACAUCCGCGACUGCCAGUGCAAGCAGACCUUCCCCGGCCACGAGAGCGACAUCAACGCGGUCACUUUCUUCCCGUCCGGGUUCGCGUUCGCGACCGGCUCCGACGACGCCACGUGCCGGAUGUUCGACAUCCGCGCCGACCAGGAGCUGGCCAUGUACUCCCACGACAACAUCAUCUGCGGCAUCACCUCGGUGGCGUUCUCCAAGUCCGGCCGGCUGCUGUUGGCCGGCUACGACGACUUCAACUGCAACGUUUGGGAUUCGAUGAAGAGCGAGCGAGCCGGAAUACUGGCCGGCCACGACAACCGAGUGUCCUGCUUGGGAGUCACCGAGAACGGAAUGGCGGUCGCGACCGGCUCCUGGGACUCAUUCCUACGCAUAUGGAACUAAACAUACACACAUACAUCCUAUAACACCCCCCCUUCACACACAACACACACGCCACACUUGACCCCACGCGCGCGUCUAAUUGGAACGAUUGAGACUUGAUUUUUUUUUUUUUUUUCAAGAUAUAUUCGUUUAGUUUCAUGUUAUUUUUGGAAUUCUUUAGUCAAUAAUAAACCCCUGAUUUAUUCGAAAUUAAUCAAGUUAUAUUCUCAACAUGGGUUCCUCAGUCUGCAAAGAACCCUUUUUAAUCCCCUGCGUAAAAAAGAGUGGUGUUAUGUUAUUCCAAAUUAAUAUAACAGAUUAAAGUCCACAUUGAUUACAGAUAAUGGGGGAGGUGAAGUUUUAUACUAUUUUAGACGCGACGAAUGUUUAAAACGCGACUUUGCUAAUGUAUAUUACAAAAUGUACGGUUUAUAUGUGGAUAUAGGUACGUACGCUCUGUCUGUCCCCACGGGGUGAAGACGUGGUGAGAUGUAUGUAUUUGUGUAUAAAUGUAUAAUGUGGAUUGAGAUUAUACAUCAUAUCGAUAUUUCUAGAUAAUCGAAGCCAAACUAUUUUUUACACCUUAAUUCUAGAGAUAUGAAGUGACAGUGUGAAAUUGUAUCUCGGAAAGUUUUGAAUGAAAAGGAAAUUUACAUUUUUUAUUCACGGUAUAAAUAAAAUCAUCUCUCUAAAUUUAUUAUCCAUUAGAAAUGAGCUUAAGGUGGAUAAAACAUCGUGAGGAAACCUGCGCAUUUUUUAAACAACUUAAUGUGUGACCCGUGAUACAAGCUCGGUUAGGCUUUGUACCCGUUUAUUGGGUCACGGAGGUCACAAGGGAGUCGCUAUUAGUAAUUACCCGUCUACCCCACACCAGGAUCCUGGUCACAGGUCGACAUUCCUCACCAGAAACAGAGACAUGAUAAUACGACGAUUUGUGACGCUACCUUAAUAUAUCCACAUAAUAACCGUACUACUAUAUACAUAUAUAUAUAUAUAAAUCACUAUUUCCAAAAAAAAUUCAAGUCUCAUAAUAAACAGGGACUUUAAUGCUAUUUAGCGUGUUGAGCAUUUAAAAUUGUAUGUUGGGGUUUGUCCGUGUGAGUGUGCGCGUUUUAUUAUAUAUAUAUAUUAUACAUUUAUAUUAUAUAUAUUUAAAGUAUAAUUAUGGUUAGCGUAUCCCAAUACCUUUGCCCAGGAGGGAACAGCUGUUUUAUGUUUCUGUGACUUGAUGACACAUCGCACAAUAGAAAAGUCGUACAAGUUAUAUAAAAAAAACUAAAAUUAAAGAACCAAAAACUAUUAUUAAUGUAUCUAUGUGUAAUUUAUUGAAUGAGAAUAUGUUUAAGAAUGAGAUUCGUCUAUAGAUCUCUUUAUUGGAACUGAAUGCCUAAUGUCUAUGGUCUUACUGGGUUGGUAACUAAAGUUGGUGUCCACUCAAAAGAGUUAAAAACAUCUCUUGUCAAAGCAUUUUAACAUUUAACACAAGAAUAACAUAAAAUAAAUAUCAAUAUGUGCAUUAAAGAACAGUUCAAUGACCUAAAUAUCAACCAAUAGAAAACUUCCUCGUUUAAAUUUCGAGCGAUGUGAUUGGUGUUCGGUUUCGUUCACCUAGUAUAAGGUCAAAGCCCAGUGGAAAAUGUUUUUAGCCGUAUUUGCUGUGCUGACAACUUUAGUUAACGACACAUGAACCGACGUUCAAUAAUUUAAGAAUUUUUAAUAAAAUUGAGGGAUUAAAUGUGUAAGUCGCAACGAUUUUUCGUCUGUUUUACAUACAUUUUAAUAUUAAAUAUUGAGUUACCCUUUAUAUAAUUUAAAUCUUGUCUAAUGAAUUGUACGUCAAAAGGUGUAGGGGAUAAUCCGUUGCGAAAGCAUAUUUCCAAACCUCUGGUUCAUAAGUAAGACCAAUAGACUUUGCUAUUGAAUAGCUGCUUUCCCUCCAAUAUUUGUUUUGGAGUGCAGGCAAGCUAAUUUAAUUCGUAAUAAUAUUUAUACUUUGACAUUUGCAAUAUAAUCUUUAAACUCAAAACGUCGUAUCAAUGUAUAACAUUUAAGAUUAAGGUUAUUUUGAGAAUUAUAUUUUUCGUUGCACAAAAAUGAUAAUUUUGCGCACAUGUGUUAAAUUAUGCAUUUCAGUUCCAUUCCUAAUGGGGCGUAGAAGGUCCGAUUUGAAAAAUGCACGUCAUACGGUAUAAUUUUUGCCGCAAUGGCGUUUUGAAAAUCGGAUCUUCUGCGUGUACUUUGAUGAUUUUAUUUUUACAGAACCUUUAUGUGAUGUUUGUUUGUCUUAUCUGAAUUGGAAAUAUAAUUGUUUGGACGAGAAAGAUACAUUUUAUUUCGUUCUAGCGUAAGGAUAAUAAGCUUCUCAGGAAUUAUCACGAACAAAAUGAAUAGUACUGUCAACCCAGUACGGCGGCGUUACGCUGGUCACUACGUAACUUGGUCGGCAUAGAAGUGCCAUUUUCUACGAAAAACUGUGCCGUAAUUUCUACAUUUUGGACUUAUUAAUUUUGAAAUGAAUAGCUUUUGUAAUAAUAGUUUUUAACCACAGCACUGGACAAUGUAGUUGAAGCCCACGGUCUAAAAAUGCUGGCUUCAUGUUUUCUAUCUACUGUACUUAGGCACUGUUUUAUACGAAAUCAUUUCCAUCUGAAAAAACGUGGCGGCCAUGAUUUCUGCCCUUGAUUAUUGGGACGGGAAACACCAAAGUCCCAAUAGUUCAUAUUCUAGAUUUAGGCUAGGGCAUAGUCUUAAGGGGUAAUUGAGAUAGGCGUUCUGUAUUGCUGUAAAACGUCAUUUUACGUAACGUUUCGGUAAGUAGUCUUUCGUUGCAGUAUUUAUUUGGAAUAGCACAAAUCGGAUGAUGCUAAUUUUGUUAUACUCUCGGCCGAAUAACGUUUUUUUUUCCUGUUACCGUUGGACACGAUAAAUGCGUUCGUACUCGUCGAUAGCUCUGUAAAAACAUGAACUGGUGCGCCAGUAUCUAACAAAACAUCUUUGAAGCCUUUUGAAUCAGAUGGUGGGGGGUAUAAAGCUUUACUAUGUAUACAGAUAUAAUCAUGUAAAAGAGUAUACGUAUGAAUAACGGUGAUAUUUUUUCAUCUACCCGCAUUUUACAGAGCUAUUUUGAUCAAUUUAUUAAAUAAUGUCCUACUAGGUGGUUAGGUAAAAAGAAGCUUCGUUAUUUGACCGGCGGUAUAGCAUCACCCGUUAGCUUAUUAAUUUGUUUAGUCGAUGGAUGGUUGUCGAGCUACUAUAUUUUGUUAAGCCUCUGUCUUAGAUAGGUUAUUUAGAUGUUUUAUAUAGGGCUGGCGGUACACUGGGUCUUGACACGGUUUCGGAUCGCUUUUGAUGCGUCACCGUUUAUCACCAGUAUCAACAAAAAAUUUCGUUGCAAUUAAAAGUUAUCUGUCAAACUGACAUGUCGCCAUCCUUGUCUUACUAACUACGUUGAUGAGGGACGGCGAUAUCGAAUGAUCGUCAGACAGACCAUUCUUAUUUGCAAAGAAAUUGUACGUUUAUAUGUAUCGUGCUCAAAUACGCAUUAAAAUAUUUAUCUGUGUAGAAAUUACUGUCUGAAAUAUGUUGUGAAAACAGUGUAUUAGAAUUGUAUUUAUUUCUAACACAAACGUGAAAGUUUCAUGCAAUGAAGAUGACUGUAAAAAAGUUUUCGAAUGGCAUAUCAGACUUGCUCCGCCAUUUUUACAUAAUCUUAUAAUAACAGCUCAUUGUUGGUUUUCACGUGUUCUGCGUAAGUUGAUAUAAUAUGAUAAUAUUUGUAUACACACGCAUGCAUCUACUUGUCUAUUUAAGGGGUUUGUAUUGGAAGCCAUUUUAUGUGUCCAACAUCAACAAAAUGGCGACCGAGGCAGGCAAGAGUUUGACUCUCAUACAGCCAUUGCUGUGUUGGACAUAAAAAAUUCUGGAUAUUUGAAGUUAGCUCUGGUCUGCUAGUUUUACGCCUAGAUUAAGACGAUUUUUUAAAAAUAAACAAUUUUUUUCUACUGUAAUGGCUUCUUUUCCGAUCGAUGUACGACAACAUUUAAUAUAAUAUAGCAUUAUCGAUAUGUACGAUAUUUAAUAGUUUAAAGCUCCUAUUUGAUUUUCAGACCAAUUUUUCUCACUUUUACAUCAUAUAAUUGGAAUGGACUGCCAUAUUUUAAUCUUUAACUGUAACUUUAAUACUUAAAUCGGAGGGAAAUGGACGUCGCCGGGGCCCGCUCAAUGAUUCAAAAAGGUUCACUUAAAAAUUAUGUGUAACAAAAAGAUAUAUUAAAAUCUUUUUUAUAUCAACAGCAACUGAAAUAUGAUGCCGAUAAAGUACUCGAAAUAUUUCGAUGUUCAAUAAAAAAUUAUUACAAAUUGGUAGCUUUUACAAUUUCUACUAAGUACUGUUAAGAGAAAUUAAGGUUUUACUAUAUCUUAAUGUGACACUAAAUUUGGAAUAUGAUUGAAGAUGUAACAAUUUUUAGGGAAAUGGGCACCCCGGACGGUUUUUUAGUAAAUAGAAAUGUCCGCAAAUUAUCAGAUUCCUUUGACACCGUAUUGAAAUGUUUUGUAUAAGUUGAUUUUAUUUGCUAGUCCACGUCUUUGAUAUGUUUAAAAUAAUUAUUCUUAGUGGUGUAAUACUAAUUAUAAUGUAUUGUGUAAAAUAUUUUUUUUUUAGUUAUUAUAUCAAUAAAUUAAAAUUUGUUUAUUUUAUAA